GAAGAUACUUAAUGUUUAGUGUUGAACGACGAGAGUGUUGUUUUUGCAAAUAGUUUAUGAAAAAGUGAAAAAGUAAUAGGAUUUAAACAAAAUCAUACUAGUUGCAAACGUUCUGCGUUUAAAGGGAGCUCCAGGGCAUACAAAUAAGUUGUAAUUUGAAAAGGGAAAACAAAGUUAAUUUGCAAAAAUGGCCCAGCAGGAAUCGCAGGUCAUGAGUUUGCCUCUGCCCCCGUCACAAUAUAUCAAUCUCUUUUCCGAAGAAAAUAUCAGACGCAAUAGGGCACCCAGACCACCACCACCCAUUCCAGAUGGUUACAGUAUGUUUGGCAUUCAGUAUAACAACGAGGAGAUGAUACGUUCCCUGGAAUCACAGAAUAUCAAAAGACUCAUACCACUGAACUUUGACAGAAGGAAAGAGUUGAAGAAGCUCAAUCAUUCGUUGUUUGUAAACUUCCUGGACCUGAUAGAUUUGCUAAUACAGUAUCCUGACAGCCCGCGAAGAUCAGAAAAGAUUGACGAUUUGAGUCUGUUGUUUGUUCAUAUGCACCAUUUACUCAACGAAUUUCGACCCCAUCAGGCACGUGAAACUCUGCGAGUAAUGAUGGAGAGUCAAAAGCGCCAGCGAGUGGAGACCACAACUCGCUUCGAAAAGCAUUUGGAAAAGGUUUGUGAUAUUGUCAAUACGGCCUUCAGCGAUCUGCCAGAAAUCACCGAUGAUGAUAUGGGCGAUAGUGAUAUCAAAAUGGAAGUCGAUUCCCAGGAUUCAAAUAGUGGCAAUAAAUCAGAUGCCAGCUAUCAAUUGGAUCGCAUUAUGUGCAGUGUCAUUGAUAGCAUGGAAUAACCUCAGGUGCGAAAUUCGAAAGAUGAUGUUGAUGAUGAUUUGACAUUAGUUUGUAAUUGCAAUAGGUUAUCUACUAUGUAUCUUUUUUUAAUAUUAUAAUUAUUUAGAUAUAUAUAUAUUUCUAUAUUUAAAAGAGCGAAAGAAACUUGUCAAUUAUUCAGAAGUGACAAGUUCCAUCCCCUUAGUACUGAAAACAAAAAACAAAUUUUAAUAAUUGUGUAUAAAACAAAUGUAAAAUAAUUCAACAAAUAGAGGAGUUUAUUUAUAGUAAAGAAGGCAAUAAUUAAAAGGAAAGAAAACUACCUAUAACGUGAA